GGGGCACGCCGAGCUCCGGACCGAGGACCGGAGGCCGCCAUCUUUGUGAGGGGCGGCGGCCGGGAGCGGGCCCCCGAUGCAGAGGAAGAGGAGGAGCGUGGGCGAUGGCGCGCGGCCCUGGCUGGGCCUGGGCCUGGCCUUGGCCGUGGCCGUGGCCGUGGCCGCCUGGCUUCUGUGUGGCCGGGAAGCUGCGGCGAGGCCCAGGCUGUUCCGCGCCUCCGAGCUGGCCCGCUACCGCGGGGGCGCUGCCGAGCCCGGCCUCUACCUGGCGCUGCUGGGCCGCGUGUUCGACGUGGCGGCCGGGCGGGCCCACUACACGCGCGGCGGAGCUUACGAAGGCCUGGCAGGUCGAGAUGCCUCCCGAGCCUUUGUGACCGGGGACUUCUCGGACGAGGGGCUGAGCGACGACGUGUCGGACUUUUCCCCUGCGCAGAUGCUGGUCCUGCGAGACUGGCUGCAGUUCUACGAGAAGAACUACGCGUGUGUAGGAAAGCUGAUUGGAAGGUUCUACGAGGAGAAUGGAGACCCCACUUCUGCGCUCCUCCUGGCUGAGGCCACCAUGGCCCAGGGAGAUGCGUCCAGGGAGACAGAAAACCAGCAGAGGCAGCACUUCCCCGCGUGUAACUCGGAGUGGAGAUCUGGCAGCCUGGGCCGGUUCUGGUGCUCCAAGCAGAGUGGAGGCGUGAAUAGGGACUGGACAGGAGUCCCCAGGAAGCUGUAUCGGCCAGGCGGGAAGAAGCCACGAUGUGUGUGCGUGAGAACCACGGGCCCCCCCACUGGCCAGAAAAGCUCUGCCAGCCAUGGUGACCGCGGAGACUUGGACAACCCCAGCCUGCAGGAGUACUCAGGCUGCCCACCCCUGGCCAGCAGCUGCAUCUUGCAAGACUAAGGCCUUUGGGGCAUUGUCAGGAAGCCCCAUCCAGAGAUCCCUGACCUGGACAGAGGAAUGAAGGGGCCUCUGAGAUCUGGGAGGGAAGAAAAGGAGGGAGGGAGAGAAGGGGAGAGAGAGGAAGGAAAGAAGAGAGAAAAGAAAGUCCUUGCCCUCAGGGAGCUUAUGAAGCUGGAGGUGUGCCUGGGGAGACAGUGGAGAAGCCUAGAGAGCAGCCUGGGGGAGAGCAAAUACAUGACUGGCCAAGGCAGCCUCCUUCCACCAGACUUCUGGGUGGAGCUGUCCAGUGCAGGGUGUGUGUGUGGGGGUGGGACGGGACUCUGAGCUGUGAAGUGGUCAUGCCCAGGAUGGAGCUGUCCAGUAGGAAGGGGGACUCUGAGCUGUGAAGUGGCCAUUCAGGGUAGAGGGGUUUCUGGAGAAGGUCCAGGAGAGCAGCCUGGAGGGAGGACUGGUGUCAAGAGGGCAGUAUGACUCACAAAGAAUAACUUAGGAGUGGUGACGAUGGCAGAUGGGGGGUGGGGUGGGGGUGGCCCAGCCCUCCUUCCCCCUCCCCAUCUCAACCCUGCCAGGCAUUGGGGGUCUAUGGGAGCUCUCAGGGGCCCAGCUCCAGAGCUCAGGUCUGAGCAGGAGCAAGGCCUGUGAAUUCAAAGGGACCAGAAGCCCCCUUUUCCUGGGCCCUGGCCAGUUUUUUAGGGUCCUGGGUCACAGAGUCAUAGCUUUAGCAGUGAAAGCCUUAGAGUUUAGCACAGUGCUGGGCAUUAAGGAGACGCUUAAUAGACCGAUUGACUGAAAGAUCCCUUGGAGGUCAGUGAGUCCAGUCGGAGGAUAGAGCCGCCUCUGCGCUUUGGGACGGGUGGGUGGCCUGCAAUCUGGACGGAGGAGCCCAGUGGCCACUGAUUCCUGUGCAAUUCUCCUUUACCCCCAUUUUCUGCAACAGGACCAGCCUUGUGAAGGUCAGACAACAUCGUGCCAAGCACUGUCAUACAGAUACAAGAAGCAAAGAAAAUGCAGACUGUAACAGCUUUUAACUUCCUUUUCCUUUUUUCCCCCCAUGUUUUCAUUAGCACAUGAUUAACGUGGAAAUGUUUUGCAUGACUGCACAGGUAUAACCUACAUCAAGUUUCUUGGGGGGAGGAAUUUAGGACUCAAAAUUUUUAAAGAAAAUGUUAAAAAUUUUCACAUGUAAUUGGAAAAAAAUAAAUUAAAAAAAUACCUUA